AGCCCCGGCUGAGGCGGGGGCGGGAGGGAGGGAGGGGGGUGCGCGCGUGGCGCGCGCGCCAUGGCGGCCAACGAGGACCAGGAGAUGGAGCUGGAGGCGCUGCGCUCCAUCUACGAAGGAGACGGCUGCUUCAGGGAGCUCAGCCCCGUGUCCUUCCAGUACCGGAUAGGUGAAAAUGGAGAUCCGAAAGCCUUUCUAAUAGAAGUUUCUUGGCCAGAAACGUAUCCACAAACAGCACCAAUCUUAUCAAUGGAUGCUUUUUUCAACAACACAAUAUCUUCAGCUAUUAAACAAAGCAUAUUGGAUAAAUUGAUGGUAGAAGUUGAAGCUAAUCUUGGAACUGCUAUGACUUACACACUUUUUGAAUAUGCCAAAGAUAAUAAAGAGCUGUUCAUGGAAAAUCAGCCUGUUAACACUGUGACUUCAGUAAGCAAUAGUGUUGCAAUUGGAACUCCCGAUGUGCCAGCGAGUAAGAAAAAGGACAAAAAGGAGCAGUUAUCCAAAACACAGAAACGAAAGCUAGCUGACAAAACAGAUCACAAAGGGGAGCUCCCUCGAGGAUGGAACUGGGUGGAUGUAAUUAAGCAUGUAAGUAUUUUCAAGUUAUCUUUUUAAUAUUAAAAAGAUUUACAAGAAACAGUAAGAACUACUGCCCAUUUUAGGUUCUAAUUCAUGUAUUCCUCAUGCUCUAUAUUGGUUUUCCUUGUUCAUUGGAAACCAGUGUAGCUUCUUGACAAUUUUGAUAACAAACUAUUUUAUUUCGUACAAAUAUAAUUAAUUGUCAGCAUAAAGGCCUAACACCACUUCUAGUUGUUAAAUAACAUUGAGCAAAUGAUGAUGGUGGUUUUAGGUAGAGUUCUCCCAAGUUAAAAGAGGCUAUUUGUAGUGAGUGUUUUGGAUUCCAGAUACAUUUCUCGAUAGGUGCACUACAUUUAGUAAUUAUAAACUUUGAUUAAAAAAAAAAAAACAAUGCUUUUGUAUUGUGCAAAUCACCAUAUGGAAUCUCUUCUGGAGAUGUGUGGAGAUACUUUUUCAGUUACUGCAUCUGUUUUCUUUUGGAGAAGAGAUGACUAAGUCUUCAAAGUAAAUAGAUACAGUGCCCUAAAGCUUUCGUGUUGUGGUUUAGAUUUUUUUUGGUUUGGUGUGUGUUGGGUUUGUUUUUGUUUUUCUUUUAAAUCAAUUGCAGCACUUCAUUUUGUAUUUUUGGAAGUGUUUUGCAAAAUACAUGAAGAUAGUUUCAGGUUCAGGAAAUAAGCUUAUUUCGUGCUUAAGCUUAAGAAAUAACUUGAUGCAUUUCAACCUCUUGAUACAGUAGCACAAUCAGUCUGUAUUAUUAAUUAAAAAUACAUGUGGUCUUUGUAAGGUGGAAAUGUUGUUCUUGUUUCUUAAUAAAUGGAAUGGCAGUCUAAACUUUGAACACUUUCUUUUUGUGUCUCUUUUAUAGUUAAGCAAAACUGGUUCUAAAGAUGAUGAAUAAAGGACUUUGGUACAAGGAAACUCCACCUUUUAAUACAGUGCAAUUUUGGGUCACCAUCUUUCUCUUAAUAACUUUCUUAUUUGUUGAAGUAAAUAUUUUAUAAAGCUCAAUUUCCUAACUCGUAAACGUAGUCAUAUAAGUUUAUCUAGAGACUGUGGUCGUCUUUGAAAACAAAACUUGCCUUAAACGAAGGUAAAAAUGUGACAAAGGAUAUAGAGAAUGAAUGUGCCGAAGUGAAUAGUGCUAUACGCAGUGUUUAAUAAUUUAUAUUUUACUCUGUAGUAAAAUCCUGUUAUAGUGAACCCAGAGAUACUGUAAACAUUUCCUGAUGUUCUUAUUCCAAUGGAGGAAAAAAACACUAUAACAGUUAGUUGCUUGACAGCAUAAUUCGUCAAAAUAAAUUAUUCCAUGGAAAGAAAACCUUUGUCAUUUGUUUAUCUAACACAAAUGUAGAAGGAGAACAUAAAAAUCGUUGCCUCACAAUACUGACUAGAAUUUGCAGUUCUGUUUUCACUAGUUAUUGGCUGAAAUAGCAAAUGCUAUUGAAAGCAAAGACACAUACUCUAGUCCACUCAAAAAUGAGUGGUUACAACAUGAAUGUUUUAUCCUCUGCAGCGUGCAUCUGUAAGUCUUUCUCCAGUGUGCAUCGUUAUAGAAGGUCGUGUGUCUUAGGGGAGGGAAGAGUGCUAUCUUGUGUGUGUCUCAGUGAGUGGUGGCAUUUUGUAGCUCUUUCGUUGGAGAAAUGAUUAUUCUUUGGAGAGGUUUGCUGACGGAAUGGUAAAACAGUGGGUCAAGUCAGCACUCUGACAAAUGUGUUGGGAAAACUUUUUUUUUUCCUAGUUUGCUCUCUUGUAUCAGAAAGAGACGUCAUCUUUACCAUAUGGAUGGUUAUUGAAUACAAGAUGCCUUAAUGUCCUUUAUUAUUUUUGUUUGAUUUGAGAUGAACUUUAAUAAAUACCUAUUUAUCUGCUGU